AAGAGAAAAGUUUCUACCGAGUUGAUAAUCUGGCUAACAAAACCCGUGGACGAUUAAGCAUGCGUGCGUAUCGGUGGCCAAGAUGGUUUACCGUUUAUGGACCCCCUUGCCGCUCCAGAAGUACUCGUACGAAACCCCUUCGCUGCUGGGCAUCGUCGGGCUUUGGGGUUGAUGGGCAAGCAGCAUUUUUGCUUGCUCAUUUGUCACGGUCUGGGUCCAACCAGCAGCAUUGGCCAGAACCUCUCCCGGAGUAUAAGUAAGCUCACUGCCUUCUCCGCUCCCCAUCUUUCCUCUGCUUGCAGUAGUAUCGUGUAACGAGUUCUCGUCUCUUGUCACACUUUAUUUUCUUUUUCUUGUUCGCCGUCUCAUCUCUGAAUUUCCUCAUGGCCGUCUCGCUGCUCGUGGCCGCCAUCGGCCUUCUCGUCUUCACAAUAUACUAUACGGUGCAGUGGCUCGUACGAUGUCGACGUCGAUAUCACAUGGCCAAGCAGAACGGCUGCCUCCCUCCGAAGAAGCUGCCUCAGAUUGACCCCUUCCUAGGGACGGACGUUGUGUUACAGAACCUUGGGGCGGCCAAGAAAUACGGCUUCCUCAACCUUCUCAGGAACCGUCACGCCGCCAACGGCCUCACCUUCACCACCAACACCUACUUCCGGACAACCAUCAACACGUGCGACCCCACGCUCAUUCAGAACGUCUUGUCCUUCCAGUUCCAGGAUUUCGGCAUGGGGCCCCUGAGACGCAAGAGCGCCUCUCCCCUCCUAGGACGGGGCAUCUUCACGACCGACGACGACAUCUGGGCGCACCAGCGCGCCCUGAUCCGGCCCAGCUUCGUCCGGGCCCAGGUCACGGAUUUCUCCAUCUUCGGCCACCACGUCGACCAGCUCAUCGGUCUCAUCGGACGUCGGAACAACGAGGUGGACCUGCAGCAGCUCUUCUUCCGCAUGGUCCUCGACUCCAACAGCGAGUACAUGUUCGGGGAAUCCGUCGGCUUAAUGUCGGAGAACGCCUCUGAGUCGGCUACCACCUUCCACCACGCCUUGGACUACGCCCAGCAGGGAACCAUCCUCCGCCUGCGUCUCGGAAACCUGAUGUUCGCCCACCGGGACAAGAAGUUCCGAGACUCCUGCGACAUCGUCCACGCUUACGCUGACAAGUUCGUCUCCCAAGCUCUCGAGUACCGGCGCGGCCAGGCCUCGUUCCCGGCCGAGAAGGACGUGAAGGACGAGGGUGCCCGCCAGAAGUACGUCUUCCUGCGCGAGCUCGCCAAGGACACCGACGACCCGAUCCUCCUACGAGACCAGAUCGUGAACAUGCUCUUGGCCGCACGUGACACUACCGCCGGUUUACUCGCCUUCGUCUUCUUCAUGCUGGCUCGACGACCCGACGUGUGGAACAAGCUCCGCGCCGACGUUCUGGAGCACUACUGCGAGCCGCUAACGUACGAGGCUCUCAUGGAUAUGAAAUACCUCCGAUACGUCGUCCACGAAACCCUUCGCCUUUUCCCUCCCAUCGCCACCAACAGCCGCAUGGCCAACAAGGAUACCGUCCUUCCCGUAGGCGGUGGCCCCGACGGAAAAUCGCCCCUGUUCGUGAAGAAGCACAACGUCGUCACCUACAGCACCUUCGUGAUGCACCGACGAAAGGAAUUCUUCGGAGAGGACGCCGACGAGUUCCGCCCCGAGAGGUGGGAGAACCUGCGACCCGGCUGGGAAUUCCUACCCUUCAACGGCGGUCCUAGAAUCUGCCCCGGUCAGAAGUUCGCCCUGACGGAAUCGUCGUACACCAUCGCGCGCCUGCUCCACGCCUUCUCCGGCAUCGAAAACCUAGACCCCACCGACUGGAGGGAACAACUGACUCUGUCAUUGACUCUAAACAAUGGAGUACAAUGCCGUCUUAUCCCCGCUUAA